AUGAGUGAGGAUGGUUCUGAAGACGUCUGUCAAGGCGGGAUACACGAAAAGUUGAGGUCGCCAGCUGAUGUUCACGUCACCAGUGACCAAUUGGCGAUUCUCGUCGACUCAUUAAGUCAAAAAUGCGAAUCUACGCAAAGAUUGGAUUCAGUUAAGAGUCCGAGGGACUCUAGGUUGCAUGUUGUUGAAGGAUCUCUCAUCCAGGAUGGAAUGGAUCAAUGUCCUGUAUCACCUUCUGCCGGUGUGGAUGACAUGUAA